UGGGAGGGGGUGCAUGGAGCAGGUGAAUUUCUGCAUGUUAUCGAGAUUGAAUUGGGCAAAAUCUCUUCAGAGUAGUUCCACAAAGAGUGCUGAAAGAUGUUGAUUGAAUGACCAAUAUUUGUGGAGAUCUUACCGCCUGUUAUCGGUUGGAGAUGCCCCUUAAUGUGGGCUUAACCUUUAAAACGUCCCCCCGGGGUAGAGGUUAAAUGCGAGAUUUUUCCACGUAACCGCGAAACUUCGGUAGGAAUUUGGUGGACGUUAAUGUUUCUGAGAGAUAUUGGAACAAGUAAACAGCUGGACAAUGGUGAUACAGUCGUUACCUGCCUCUGUGGCACGUUAUCUCGAGGCCUACAAGCAGUGGGCAACCAGCAAACCCCAGGUUAUUUUGGACAUUGAAAGCACUGUGCGGUGUUUGUCGUAUUUUAUCGCAGGUCGUUUCGACAGCUCUUCGUUGUCCUCCGAGCUCGUCUACUCCAUGCCAAAUCUCUUCACGCUCUUCAACGAUCACUUGUUAUACACCGCCAAGUAUGCUCACCUCAAUCUGCCGCAGUUCCAGUCGCAAAUCAAGAUAUGGCUGACAAUAAUUGAAUACACAGAGGCAUUGAUCGAAGUUGGAGCUAAAAGGUUCUGGGACGAGAGAGGAAAAUGGCUCGUGAUAUUUUUAGUACAGCUUUUCAAGUCUGUCAUGCGACUUAUUCUAGUCCAUCACGACAAAGAGAGGAUCACUCAAACUCCACCCAUCCCCCCCUUGAAUCGAGAAAAAUUGAGUCUAUCGGGGAUGAACAAUGCUGGAGGGGGCUUCCAGAAUCCUGCAGGAUUUCGCUUGGGACGAUCGGGAACCAUCGUCAGGAGUGUUAAUGCGUCUGGACCCAUUCAGUCCAGGAUAUGGUCUCCACUCAAGCUAAAUAAUGAAGAUAUCUCGACGGUUGAGUCUCCUCUCACUAAACGAAAUCUAUUGAUUGCUGAGACAUUGUACAUCCUGAAGCCAAUGAUUCACCUCACAGUUUUCAUAAUGAAAGGAAGGAAGAACUGGAUUCCCUGGACAACGGCCCUCGCCCUCGACCUAGUCAGCCUCCACAUGCUAAACAAGGAAACUAAGCACGCAGUCUACACGAAGGAGGAGAGGGAGGAGAUAACGAGACGCAGACUAAAUCUGCUCCUGUACAUUCUGCGUUCACCUUUCUACGAAAAUUGCAGCAAAGACAGGAUUCUCUCCCUCCUCAAUGGACUGUCAAGUAACGUCCCCUUGGCGCGAUUUCUGGCCGACCCCAUUUCUAAGUACCUGCCACACUGGCAGAAAACUUAUUUCUACAUGUGGUCUCAUUGAUUUUAGAUGAAUUCACGUUUAACUCGAUAUUUUUGUCAUGCUGAUAACAGGUGAGACUUGUUGUGGAAUUUUGGUGUUGGGAAAGUGGUUUUUCUACCUUUUUGUCGAUAACUGAAUGAUUUUCAUCCGGUAUAACUACUUAGUGCAUUCGUGGGAAAAUUACCCUUAGAUUUUUUUCACUAAAUUCCCCUUAGUUUUUUUGCACAUGACAUCAGGAGGUAAAUCACUGAAAAUAAAUUUUGUGAUCAUGUGCAGUAUCGGAAAAUGUAAAAUGUUUAAUCACACGGAAGAUUCGCCUUGAAACAAAUCAAAUAAAAUGUCUAUAUAUUUCGAUGUGCUCUGCAGACGCUUGAUCAGUCAAGAAAAUGAACUAGAGGAGUUGAAUGAAACAUUUUUAUAGAAUUAGAUUACAUUCCAGGUGAAAUGGUAUAUUUUUUUCGUUCAGGAUUGGAAAAAGUGUUGAUAUACAUGCACUUUGUAAACUGGUUUGUUUAAUUUCCUUUUGAAUAUUUUGUAAUAAAGGAUUUAUAAUGACA